AUGUUGGAAGAAAAGCAAAUGUUUUUGAAAAAGGCUUUUCAAUUCAGUGCAGAUAAUCAAUCUCAACCACAGUCUGAAUUUCGGGAAAGUGUGAAGGAACUCGAACAACUCAGAAUAGUUACAAAACCAGUUUACAAUGAUUUAAAUAGCUAUUUUGGUCAAAUAAAAGGUGAAAUGCCAACUUUUGGCUAUCCAUCUAUUAACUUUGAUGAAGAGGAUCCAUCAAGCUCAGUGUGGGGUAAAAUGUAUAGAAAUAUUCUUCAAGAUACCUCUGUAAAAGAAUUACACCUUAAAAGAAUGCUCAAGGCAUAUAAAUCAGAAAAAGCUAAGGAUAAUAAAUUACUAACAAAAUUCGGUCUUGGACAGAAGAUAUCAAUCAAAGACUUAAACCAACCCAACGAUUCUAACGACAAACCUCCCAAACCUCGUUCUAAAACCAACCGAAAUCACAAACUCUCCGCCAACCCCAAAAUCCUCACUUCCAAGCACUCCCAUUUCAACUCUCAAAAUCCAGAUUUCACCACUGAAUCUCUUCAAGCUACUCUAAAUUCCCAAAACUGCUCAACUAGCGCAAAUCCUCACUACAAAUCCUGCUUAACAAGUAAGGCUAAAAUCAGGAUAGAUCCCAGAACCUAGCCGUGCAAGGAGAGGAACCAGCAAUGAUAAAAUAAGGAGGAUAAGGAAAUCCCACCAGAGGCACACAAGUUUCACUAGUAGAAAUAUCGAUAGAGACAAUAAAGACAAAAAGAGAGUGGAUUGCAGGAAAGAGAAAUCAUUAACUGCCAAGCAUUUAAAUAGGAAAAAUCUCACUAAAAUUACAGGUCCAAAGACUUCAAGAAGACAUAGAGCUUCCUUAACUAAGUAUUCUUCUAAAUUGACUCGACUAUUUCCUCAUAAGAAUAAAGUGACUAAGUAACACUUACCAGUUGAAGACCAAGAGGAUGACGAAGAUACUGCUUAGAAUGAAUGGAAGAGUGAAUAAAGAGGUGAAAAGGUUGACUAAAGAUAUGAAGUUUAUCCUUUAACUCUAAAUGUGAUAGAUACGCCUGCUCUUAAAUGUCCUUAAUAGCACUAGAAUUAAGCCUUUUCUCAGAGACUCGCUUCGCUAGGGAUCUAAGCCU